UCGUUACUCUGGAUAGUACCUUCGAAGUGAUCGGCCCAACAACCGACAACAAAGGCUUCCUCUACACACCAUACUUAGUGCGUAAGUUUGCGAUAGAGUCAAAUUAAAUUAUUUAACGGCAGUGCGCGCUGAUUAACGAUCGCAUUGCAGUGAUAUAGGUACCUACAGUAAGCCGAACCAGCACCAUGCGUUCUCCACGCAACAUCUUCACAUUCUACGACCCAUCCACCAAGAUGUGGAGCGGUAACCAAACACCGCCCCUGUACAACCCGAACCAAUCGUUGGGUGCAUUCGUCCUGUCCGUCCUGAACCGAACUCCGCAGCAGAUAGCCCAAAUCAAUGCGGACACCGGAGCCCGUGUGACCUGUGCGGAGAUGCGCCUCCGUACGAUCCGCGUGGCACAGAACCUCACUCGGAUGGGCUACACCCGGGACAAUACUUUCACCAUGGCCGUCCGAAACGGGGAAACCGUUGCACCGGUCCUGUUUGCCUGUUUUGCACUGGGGAUCCCGGUCAACACUCUGGAUGCCUCGUUCAAACGGGACGAUCUGAGUCACAUGCUGCAGACCGUCCGAUCGCAGGUAGUUUUCUGUGACCUGGAAACGUGGCCCGAAAUGAAGAUUGCCCUCGAGAUGGUCAAACUCGAUCCGGUUGUGUUCAUUUUUGGGGACGGUAAGGUUGAAGGCUGCAAGCACGUGGACGAGUUGCUGAUUGGGACUGGGACGGAGGAUGAGUUUAUACCGGAGCACUUUGCGGAUGCCGCUACCCGAAUGGCUGUAAUCGUGUGCUCUUCCGGCACGACGGGUCGACCCAAGGGCGUGUGUCUGUCCCAUUCGAACUGUAUAGCCAACGCGGACACCCUAACGGAUAACUACUCGACGGAUGUGAUGCUGUGCUUCAGUUCCCUUUACUGGCUAUCGGGACUAUUUUUCCUCCUGGUUGGGACCUCCAGCGGGGCAACUCGAAUUAUCACGCGGGACGCAUUCAAUCCUGCUCUCGCAUUGGAGAUUAUCGAAAAAUUCCGAGUCACUGUCACUUUCUUCCCACCGGCACAAGCUCUGGAAUUGCUGAAGCACCCUCGGGUGUCCCAGGCGGACUUUUCCAGCGUUCGAUUACUGUGCAGCGGUGGAGCGGCCGUGUCCGCGGACCUUAAGUAUGCAUUGGAAAAGCUGAUCCCCAAUGCCACGUGUUACGUGGGCUACGGUUUGUCCGAAGUUGGUGGAAUUGCAACACUUAGCGAUGCGGAUACCUACAAAGGUGGUUCUACCGGCUACCUGAAGCCCUUGGUACAAGCUAUGAUUGUCGAUCAGGACGGGAAAGCGUUGGAGAUUGGUCAGGAGGGGGAGAUUCUGCUGAAACCAGAUUACAAAUUCCUGGGCUACUACGGAAACGAAGCAGCUACGGCCGAGAUGCUGGACGCAGACGGUUGGCUUCAUACGGGCGACAUUGGGAGAUUCGACCAAGAUGGUUUGCUAUACAUUGUCGAUCGCAAGAAGGACAUCAUCAAAUAUGGCAACUAUCAAAUUUCGCCAAGUGAACUGGAAGGCGUCAUACAAUCAGUUCCCGGUGUGCUAAAUGUAUGCGUCACCGGAAUACCGGUACCGGGAAACGAUCUACCUGCAGCGUUGAUAGUUAAGAGCAACGGAGCCGAUGUCAGCCCGGAAGAUAUUCACAAAGCGAUGAACUAUAGCUUGGGAAGCUACAAACAACUCCGAGGAGGAGUGUACUUCACCAAAGAACUGCCGAUGACUUCCUCCGGGAAGGUGCAACGGAGGCAUUGUCGGGACAUUUUGAUCGAACAGUACAACAACAGUAGCAAAUACUGAGCUAGUGCAAAUUUUAAUGUGUUCUAUGUUUAGUUUUUAAUGUUUUAAAACCGGACGCGGUACAAAUGUUGUAGGUACUAAGAAUUAAAUAAAUAGGAAUUAACCUAAUAUGCGAUUAAUUAGUCAUACCGAAUUACAACGUUCAGGGGAAAGAA